UUAAUAUAUAUAGUUAAAAAAAUAUAUAUAAAAAGAAAACAAGUGCAAGAAAAAUAAGCGCCCAAUGCGGCCAAUGGAAAUGCCAAAGAAAAUGCAGCAGCAACAAAUUCGACAACAAACGCAAAUUCUACAGCAACAACAGCAACAACAACUGCAGUUCCCCAAUACAUAAGUCCAACGAUUUUCCGUCUUUGUCGCGCGCGUUCACACACACUCACACACACACGUCUACACCAGACACAGACACACACACACAGGGACUCAUGCAUGUGCAUAAAUGGCAAUAUGGACGAACAGCAGCAGCAGCAUUUGCUUUGUAUUGGUAUACCAGCACAGUGACACGCGCGUGCCAAAUAUUGCCGAUUUUAUCACACGAACAACAACAUCAGCAGCAGCAGCAGCAGCAGCAACAACAACAACAACAACGCCAGCGGGACCAGCUAUUAACUAAGGGAGCCAUUACAAGAACAAAAACAACGAGAACAACGAACAUAGCUGGAAGGCGUCGCAAAAUAUCAAAAUGUCAAUUCAGAAGCUAAACGACACCAGCAAUUCGGGCUACGUGAGUUCCGAGGAGACGGACUCGCUGCUGGUGAGCAACUCGAAUCCCUCCAAGGGCGGCGGUCGGACGGCCCUGCUCCGCCAGGUGAAGAGUAGCUCCACGAAUGGCCCAACGACGGGGGCGUCCACCUCCUCAUCCGGAUCGGUGACGGGUUCCGGUUCCGGUGGUGGAUCGGCAACGGGAUCGAAUUCCGCAGCUGGUGCUGGGGCUUCCAAGCCGCAAUUGAUGCGGCAGGAUCGCACUUCCACAUAUCUGACGAGUCCACAGCAGUCGCAGCAUGUGAGGAUGGGCUCGGAGGAGAGUAUGCGAGGUGGCAGUGGUGCCGCCGGUCAUGAUGAGGAUGUGGAACAGGGCCUGGUCCGUAGUAGCAUAGUGCCUGACAUUGAAGUACACGAAGAGGACCAAGAACAUGGAUCGGGAAAGGGAUCCGGAAAGAUGACCACGACGACCAAUAACCAACAGCAACAACCGACCAUAUCAAUUAUGAAUUUAAGCCUAAAGCCCGGCGAUAGUCAUAGCCAUAGCUCCAGUCCGGGCAGUCAUCCCAAUUUGGGUACCUCAUCAUAUCAGAAUCUUGCAUCGAGCAUACCGCCCAGUGUGCCCAGUCGCUGUAGGGCGUGCCGCAAUUGCAGCCGACGUGCUUCCACCACGCCCACCACGCUGAUCGAUCGCUCCGCCUCCCGCGACAGUGUGAAAAGUGCCUUCCAGCAGGGCAAUCUCAGUGGCUCGAUGGCCAUUUGCAUAUCCAAUUCGGCCCUGCCGCAACAGCAACAGCAGCAGCAGCAAUAUCAUCUGCAACAGCAGCAACACUAUCAAUUGCAGCAGCAACAUCUGCAACAUUUGCAACAGCAGCAGCAACAGCAGGUGCCACCCGUUUUGAUCACAUCAUCGCCAACGAAUGGAUCACGGAUAAUACGGCAAAGUUCACAGCCGGAAUCGAGCAGUACGGCAAUUUGCUGCGGACCGCAUUCCGCCUGCGUUGGCCACGCCCACUCGCAUUCGCAUACGGUUCCAAACGUCUCGCUGAAGCAACUGCGCGAAAGUUCCGGCGAUGGAAUCGCCGGCAUUGCAGCGGACUCCCUGCGGAUUAAUGGGGGAAUGCGGCCCUUCAAGCAGGGCGUUCUUCUAAUGCCUCGCACCUUGUCCGAAAGCCGAAAGUUGCGCCUUCGAAGAGCCUUCACCGAGGCCACUAACGAAACGCUCCAAUGCUCCAAAAUGCUCCGCAAACCGGCGUCGACACUCUCAAUUCCUGGCUCGAUGAAAACACCUUCCAUUGCGAACCGGGAACAGAUCUCAUCUGGAUGCAACGAAGAAGCGGCCGAGGCACUAGUGGGUAUCCACUCAGACUACCCUAGGUAUGAAAUGUAUAUGGAAGAACGUGCUCUUACUGGCGGCAAUACGUCCAGGAAGCCAUCAACAAACUCGGCCAAACACAAACCCAAUGUGGGCUAUCGCCUGGGAAAGAGGAAAGCCCUCUUCGAGAAGCGCAAACGGAUCAGCGAUUACGCCCUGGUCAUGGGCAUGUUCGGGAUCAUCGUGAUGGUAAUCGAAAAUGAGCUGAGCAGUGCUGGUGUCUACACAAAGGCAUCCUUCUACUCGACAGCGUUAAAAACCUUAAUAUCUGUUUCGACUGUGAUUCUUUUAGGACUUAUAGUAGCUUACCAUGCUUUGGAAGUGCAGAAUUCAUUAUUCAUGAUAGAUAACUGCGCCGACGAUUGGAGGAUCGCAAUGACAUGGCAACGAAUUAGUCAAAUAGGGUUAGAACUUUUUAUAUGCGCUAUACAUCCAAUUCCUGGCGAAUACUAUUUCCAGUGGACGACGAAAUUGGCCAAUAAGAAUAAAACAAUUGGCACCGAAAUGGUGCCAUAUGACGUAGCUUUAUCAUUACCUAUGUUCCUUCGAUUAUAUUUAAUCUGCCGCGUAAUGCUGCUGCAUUCAAAGCUAUUCACAGACGCAUCAUCACGGAGCAUUGGCGCUCUCAAUAGGAUUAAUUUUAACACAAGAUUCGUUUUAAAAACUCUAAUGACAAUAUGCCCGGGAACGGUUCUAUUGGUUUUCAUGGUCUCGCUGUGGAUCAUCGCAUCCUGGACGCUGCGACAGUGCGAAAGAUUUCAUGAUGAAGAACAUGCGAAUCUUUUGAAUGCAAUGUGGCUGAUAGCGAUAACAUUUUUGAGUGUUGGUUUCGGUGAUAUUGUUCCGAAUACGUACUGUGGACGUGGUAUCGCUGUCAGUACAGGAAUAAUGGGCGCCGGCUGUACGGCUCUACUUGUGGCCGUAGUUUCUCGGAAACUGGAGCUGACCCGUGCCGAGAAGCAUGUGCACAACUUCAUGAUGGACACGCAGUUGACCAAACGGCUGAAAAAUGCUGCGGCGAAUGUUCUGCGUGAAACUUGGCUCAUUUACAAACAUACAAGACUAGUAAAACGGGUUAAUCCCGGCCGUGUAAGAACCCACCAAAGAAAGUUCCUUCUAGCUAUAUAUGCGUUGCGAAAAGUAAAAAUGGAUCAGCGCAAACUAAUGGAUAAUGCAAACACAAUAACUGACAUGGCCAAGACACAAAACACGGUCUACGAGAUAAUAUCGGACAUGUCUAGCCGUCAGGAUGCCAUCGAGGAGCGCCUAACCAACCUAGAGGACAAAAUGCAGAGCAUACAAGAGCACAUGGAAAGCCUUCCAGACCUAUUGUCUCGAUGUCUGACCCAGCACCAGGAGCGGAUCGAGCAGCGGCGGAACUUUUUACAUCCUGACACAGCUGCAGUUGCCCCCAUUCAAGCGCCAACGCCCCAAUCGAUGUUCAAUGCAGCGCCCAUGCUGUUUCCCCAUUCUAGAAGUGUUCCCUCAUCCAAUAACGCCGCUGCUACUUACCAUUGGCCAACAAGCCCUAUUUUGCCACCUAUAUCUAGUAGAACACCACAUUUAGUGCCUGAUACUCACAUGCCAUCAAAUGGAUCUGCAGUUAAUAGCUACGCAUCUUCCAACAAAUACGGCAGCUGAAUAUCAGAAAGAGAGCGCUCCAACUCCGUGAUUAACAUCGAGAUGCUAACAAUAAGGCCGGAUCGAUGCUGGCCAACAUCAUCAUCAACAUCCGCACCCCAAAACUUAACAUCAACAUCAAUGUCUACGUCAAAGUCUAAACCCGAAUUCGCGAUCGCCGAGACAGCGCUGAGGCAACGCGGGCCAUCGCCGUCGUUAUCGUUAUCGAAAUCAUCGACACAAUCGCAAGACCAACACAUUUUGCAUCAGAUAAGUGGGCUGGAAAUGGAAAGAGAGAUAAUACCAAUAUCAGUGAUACCCGAAGAUGCCGAAUCGAACACGAAUAGCAACUGUUCGCCCGAUCAGCAAAAUGUGCACAUGAGUACAGUACCGCCAUCGAGUUCAACGCCCGCAUUCACAGCGACCGGAAGCGGAACUAGCGGUGGCAUUGUCAAAUCGAUAACGAUGAACGAACCGAUUGCGACGGAGAGUGGCAAGCCGAUUGCCUCGAAUAAGUUUACUAGGAAAAGAGAACGUGUAUGCAAUAAUAGUAGUUAAUAGUGCUAGCUAUAGUGAUAGGAAUAAUAGAGGUAAUAGUAAUAUUAGUAAUUCUACAAGUCGAAUUUCGAACUCGGCCUUUUGUAAAUAAGCCUCUUCGAGAUGAGAAAAAAAGUCAAAUGUUAGCAUAUACAUAUAAUAUACAUACAUAAAACAAACACACAUACUAUAUAUCCGUAUCUGUAUGGAUGUAUAGCCCUCCCAAAAAAAAUAAAACUCCCAAAAAAACAACCCAAAAAAAAAACAAUAACAAAAAACCAAACAGAAUAUAUGUAUACAUAUAUAUACAAUUAUGUAAAUUUUUUUUUCUAAGUUUUAGGCUAAAUGUAUUUGUAAUAUUUCACCUUGGGCCAAGGCAGCCUGUACUUGCAUACUAAAAUACAUAACAUAGCAUAACAUAGUGUGUAUGUGUGUGAAUGCGAGUGUACAGGGCGAGAAUGGUUAGAAAGUAAGGUCAUAGGACAUAUAUAGAUCGUAGGACAGCAGCAUGUACGAGUAGAAUCGAAGUAUAUAAACGAAUAACGCUCAGCAAAGCAAAAAUAGCAAAAGUAAACCUGAAAAAUCUGGCACCAUAAGACCCCACUAGAGACCAGUAUCUGUAUACCCCUAGUAGAACUGCAAACCCAUACAUAUGUUCCCAGAGAAAUGCAACCCCCCUUGAAAGAUCCCCCUUAGCACUUCCGUUUCCGGUGCAUUCAACCAACUGCAACACAUCCACGAACAUGGCAAAUUCUAGUGUCCGUCUGUCCAAAAUUUGUGUGUAAAUAUAUAUAAAGAGAUAUAUGUAUAUGUCUGUAUCCGAAGGAUGUGUGUCUGACCUGACUGUGUGUGCAAGGCGAAAGUGAAAGCAUACGAGCAACCCAUAAAAAAACCCCAACAAUUAUAUACAAAACGAGCAUAAGGAAAAAAAACUAAAAUACCCCCCAACCAAGAACAAUGAAAAACUAUCUAACUGUAAAAUGUAUGUUACGAGAUUUAGAAAACAGCGAAACCAGAAAACCAAAUAGUAAGAGAUAGAAAACAAAAACAAAAAGUAAAUAAAUGAAAACUACGGAAAACCCCCAAAAAAAAACGAGGAUAAAGAUAAACAAACACACACAAAUGAGAGUUCUUACUUAACAUCUACUAGCUCUGGCUUUAACUAAACUAACGAAACAUGUUUAAAGGAAACAAGUUUGUUGUUGUCUUCUUUUUCUACACAUAUAUUAUAAUAUAUAUAGUAUAUAUACAUAUAUAUUUUUUCGUUGUUGUUGUUUUUUGGCCUAUUCUUUUCUACCAAGAAUUAUUAACUCAAUUAAGAACCUGAAUAGCUUUCGAACGAAGUUUAAGACGAUGAUAUAAUGAUAUAGUAGCGUAGACAAAACCAAGAAACAAUUGAGAAGAAAUUCAAGAAAACGAACCUAUUUAGUAUAGUCUACAUACUAAAGUGAACAAUUUUAAUUGAAAUUUUGUAACAUAUUAAAAGUAAUUCGCAUUAAUAUACAAACUAGCUGGUAAAUGUGUAACAACGGAACAAACUACAAGCUCCAGAUAGAAAAUAAUAGAACCGAAACGAAAAGAAGCGGAUUGAAAUUGAAAUUGAUAUGAAAUUGAAAUUGAAAUUGAAAAGAGUAGAGCAGAAUAGUUUAGACAUAAUAGCAGAAGUGGCCGAGCUACGUAAAGAUUUUCUAAAGAUUCUAAAAGGAACAUUAUAUAUACUAUAUACUUACUAUAAAGUAUUAACUGAGAGCAUCGAAGUUAUUUAAAACCAAAAGAAAAACAAAGCAAAAAUAAAGUAACAAAAAAUUAGGUAAUAUGCAACCUUCUGACGCUUUGUUAGGUUCCCAAAUGUAAGGCAAAAGAGAUAUACAACUGAAUUCCCCGAAUAGUGCCCCGCCCUCCCCAAAAAUCCCGGUUCCUACCACGCCCCGUCUCCCAAUUUCCCAGUCAGUAAGACAGACUCUGCAUAUUAUACAGAACCAGGGCCAGAAAGGAUCAAAAUAUCUGUAAACUAUAGAUUAUAUAGCCAUAGGAUGCAGUCCACUUUAGCCAACUAAUAAGAGUAUCAAAGUUUUGCCGUAUUGAUUUUCCACAUCUCCAAAACCCCUGGCUUGAGUUUGAUUUUAUGAAAAAGAAAAACCCAUAAAGUUCCCCCAAUUGUCUGAUAGGUCUUAACUUAUAUACAUGCAACAAAAAUCCCAGACAAGUAAAUGAGUCAAAGGAGAAGAAACAACAAACAAACCAACUAAAUGAACCCUUAAACAAAUGUGUGUAUACCUAUUUAUAAUAUUGAAUAUUUAAAUUGAAAAGAACGUUCAAGACUGCUGUCAAAAUAGCUUUAUCACAAUAAAUAACAAAGAUCUACACAAGACGACAACACACCAAACAGAACAGAACAGAACAGAUCAGAACAAUACUAAAGAGAUCGAUGAAUAUCGGUUAUCGAAUCGGAACAGACACCCAAAGACACACAAUAACACACAGAUUCUGAAACGAGAUAUGGAAUGCGCCCAGCUUUAACGUUAUGUAUUUAUGCAUAUUUGGGUUUCAACUCUACAACAACUUAAAACGAAUACGCAAAAUAAUACCGAACAAGGAUCGAUAUACGAUUAACAAUUAACGAUAUACGAUUAAAAUCAAAUCGAAUUGAAUUGAAUAAUUGGUACAAGAUCAAAAUCCCGUUUGAACUGGUUUCCUAAGCCCCACAAAAUACCUUUAAACACGAGAUAAAAACCAAAAACUUUGAUAUGAGGGACCGAAUUUCCAAAGACAGGUCUUUAUUAUACAAAAUACCGAAAAACUUUAAACCAAAAUAACAAAGCAAAAGCAAACCAACUAACAAAGAAUUCCUACAAAAACUGAGCCCAAAACAGUAACAAUUUAUAAUACCGAAGAUUUUUAGCCGCUUUUGAGCUGGGAUAUAAAAAAGAAAAGAAACAAAAAAAACACAAAUAAGGAUCGUAUUGCACAAUGUCCUUGGUUGACUUUCGUAACGUCAUACAUAGGUCCGAGUCCCACGUCCAGCUUUUGUGUAUAUUAUGUAUUUCUGUUCACGUAAACCAGAAUUGAAUCAAAAAAAUAUAUAUUUUCUUUUCUUUAGCGAAUCAUAGAGCUCAAGGGGUACUUUGAGAAUCACGCUUCAGCCGAAACUCUUUUAGCCAAACCAGGUCCAAUAGAACAUACAUAUAGCCCAGCCAAUGCCAACGCUACAAAAACUGGAUUCGAGUUUUCGAAAAUGUAUCGAACCGGAUUAUGACGAAAACGCAGUCAUUUUGGUGAAUUUACACGCUAGGAACUAGAAAAGGGUCCUCCCAAAAAUAUCCCCCAUAACCCUUCCCCCUCCCCGCGCCCCCAACUCGAGCGAGGUAUGCAAAAUAUAUAAGGUUACAUAUACAAUAUCUAGAUAUACAACACACAUAUACUCGUAUAUACAUGUACAGACGGUCUAUGAGGUAUAUACCAAGCCCUAAAAACCAAAAAACCCAAAACCCCACACUAAUAAGAUCAUAUUUGACUUUAUAUGUAUUAUAGUAAUGUAUUCAGUAGCUAAAUCGAAAGCCGAAGCAAAGACCAAUUUAUUAACAACAAACUAAUAAGAAAAACCCAAAUGGAAAACAAUUAUUAUGUUAAAUAAAACAAUAAAAAUGUAAGAGGAGGAAGAAACAAUUUUUUAUUGAAAAAAAAAACAAA